AUGGCUGACAAUGGAGUUCAACCAGCGCCGGGGUUGCCAUUGGGCUUUGAGGAGAUCGAACGCCUAGUAAAGUCUUUGUACGAACCCGGUCAGGGAAAGAAGAUCGCCCAGACGGAAGCUACGCUACGAGUCCUACAACGUUCGCCUCAGGGAUGGGAGAUCGCAGAUGCCCUUCUAAAAAGCGAUAACGAACAGGUCCGGUUUUUUGGAGCUCUGACCUUGACCGUGAAGCUCAACGCCGAUUCCGCUGAAUUGUCAGAGGACGACUCUGAACAGCUCCUAUCAACACUCAUUCAUCAUCUCAUCUCGCGACCCUCUUCAUCUAUAGCAACGAGAAAAGUGAGCUCAACAUUAGCGCAGUACUUCAAUAAGCCGAUUUCAGUGUGGACUCAAUGUAUCAAGAGUCUAGCUGUCUCCUUUGCUCUCCAGCAGCCCGUCCUAGACGAUGCCUCAGACAGCCACCCAUCAGCAUGGGAUCUCUUCCCUCAGCUAUCCGACGAGCAACUUCUCGUUCUGUUGGAUUUUGCUAUGAACUUGGCAGAUGAGGCUAGGAAACCGUCCAACCCUUCAAAUCGGAAGCCGCAUGAGCGUAUGAUUGCAAAUGUGGAAACUAUUGAGGUGCUGCUUCAGGUGUCUUUUGGUCGCGGCAUCAAGUGGCUUUCAAUACCGAGCAAUGAUUCCAACUAUGACCAGUCUGUCCAGCUAGGGGAGAAGAUUUGCGUGUCGGCUUUGAGGUGUUUCACGGGAUGGAUAUUCUAUGCCCAAUCCGAAUUCAAGGAGGUACCAGAGAAAUUACGGUAUCUUCAAUCGGUGAACGAACUUGCUUUGACCUGCUUAGAAUAUCAAGUCGAGGAUGCCAUGGAACUCGUCGCUGAGGUGCUUGAGAGGAACCCUGCCUUUUUCGAACCGAAGCACCGGGAAAUGCUGUGGUCAGCGAUCUCCGGCCCUUGGGGCCUUGAGAUUCUGCAGAAUUCAAAUGCCGAAACCGUCUCGCUCGCUAGAAUCAUCGUCGCUUAUGGCGCCAUUCUAUUGGAGUCUAAAGUCCUUUACAAAGACCCAGAUAAUCCGCAUCACCAGCAAGUCUUGUCUUUUCUCCACGAUCUUCUCAAAUACCCUGAACCUGUGGGCGUUGAGGAUGAAGUUGCUCCAGUCGUGCUGGAAUUUUGGAGUAACUUUGUAAGCUUGGUCUCUGAGGAGACGUUCCUUUAUGUCACAGGAGACGAGCUACCCGCGUGGAUGGACAGUGCAAAAUCGAACGUGUUUCAGGCGAUCUCUGAGCUCGUACAGAAGAUCAUCUACCCUACUUCUAAAGUCACGGACUCCUGGGACACGGACUCGAGGAAGACGUUCAAAGUGUUUCGUAUCGACGUUCGUGACAUCAUUCUAGAGGCGUAUGAGUCACUACGAGAUGUUCUGACAGACCAGUUCAUUGACUUUGCUUUACGGGGGCUAGAAGCAAGCAAUUGGCUGGAGCUCGAAGCUGGGCUUUUUGGUUUGAUAUCCAUUGCGGACGCUUUCACCGACAAAGUCGACGAGCGCCUCAUUCGCUUAUUUGAGCGGCCGCUGUUCUCGACAAUUUCUAGCAAUGCUAGUAUACCUGCGAUUACCCGAAGGACCGCUGUGGAGGCGGUUGCAGCAUUGAACCACUUCUUCCUCCGAAACCCUCGCUUCUUACCUCAGGUCCUACCUUUCCUUCUUACAGCCCUAGCUCAUCCAACAACAGCCCAUAGUGCCGCAAAGUCUUUUGCUUCGCUAUGUUCCGAGUGUCGAAAAUCUCUUCUCGAGGAGUUACCAUCCUUCUUCCAGAUGUACGAUCAGUUUCUCACCUAUCCAACUGCGGAGGAAUUCACCAAGAGCAUGGUACUUAAAGGCAUAGCCGCUAUAGUACAAGCCUCGGAUACGGAAGAGAAGCAGCUUGUUGGCGUGCGCCAGCUUUUUCAGUACGUUGCGCAGGACGCUAUGCAAGCGAUUAGCGUUACCAAAGAAGGGAAAGAUGCAGAACAGGGGCAGGUGCUUGCCCUGACCACCUUGAAGUGUCUGUCAAGCAUCGGGAGGGCACUUCAAGCUCUGGACGAAGAAGUUGUUGAUCUAGAAUCCGACAAGGAAGAUUCGCUGUUCUGGGUGCAAGGCCCAGGCAAGGAGAUUCAGAAUCAAGUCAUCAACUUCGUCAACUACUUGACACAAGUAUUCCCGGCGAACGACGAGAUCAUCGAAGCAGCCUGCAGUGUUCUGCGCACUGGUUUCAAGGAGACUAUAGCUGGUCCCUUUGUUCUUCCGCCGUCUGCAGCUGUUGAUUUCAUCACCAAAACUACCGUACAGACACCGAGGUUGCCUUAUGUAUUAGAGACAGCGUGUUGCUGGAUCUCGUCACACAAACAUAGCCCGCCAGAUGACUUCAUGCAGCAAGCACAGCGCCUCUUACAUCACGAUCUCAGCAUUAUGCGAGCCCUUCAGCAUCCGCGCAACGAUCCAGAAAUCUCAGUCGGCUGCAUCGAGUUGAUCCAAGGUCUUUUCAACACGAACCCUCGGACUCUGACACAAGAGUCUCCUGAAAACCUCGCCGGUAUGUUCGGCUUCACGGUCGAAUCAAUUAGCUCUCCCGAAGUGCUACCGAAACGCGCAGCAGCUAAGCUGUGGAAAGACAUUUUUGAGUUGGCAGGGACUACACACAGUCAGCAUCAGGCUACGGCUCAAGAUGUCGUCAAUCACUUUGGACCUGCUGUUACACUCGCUUUGAUCUCAAACAUCUGUGGAGAAGUGGACUAUACGAGUCUGGAUAACAUUGUCGCGCCAUUGCGGGCUGUGAUCAAAGCAGAUAAGCACGCGAAACAAUACAUCAUAAGCUCAUUGGCGGGACAGCCACUUCUACAGCGCUUUCAGCAAGACCAGGGAGUACAGGACAUGGUGCGGAAGUUCAUAGAGAGCAUGAUGAGGAAUGCGAAGAGCUCUCCGGCUUUCAAAGAGACUGUGAGGCCCUUCUGGCAGAGCUGCAAACAACUACAGAUGCAGUUACAACCACAGACUAUGCACCCUGGCCACCGCUUCGCUCACGGCCUUUCUUAG